AUGCGUGUGUUGUUCUCAAUAGGCGGUUUCAUGCUUUGUAGUGUUUUCCUCGAUACUGUACGAUCAGUUUUCAGUAUGCGUUCGACGAGCGAGAAUGCCGGCUCCAGAGAUCUGUCGCAAUCGUCGGUGACGGCAUCGUCCCUGACCGCCUCGACACAGAUUCAGCCCAAAACGCAGACGUUACCGGCCGGAUUCGCCCCCAAUACGCAGAUUCAGAUCGGCAAAGACGGUCGCGUUCGUCCAGUGGUCGGCAAUCGUCGGGCUGCGAAUUGGGCUUCGGCCUACGAGACCACAUUUCCAGCAAAUGCCGGUCCUGUCACCACAACGAAAAUGCACCCACUUAGCGAAGAGGAGGAGCGUCAAUGGGCGGUACAAGUCCGUCGACCGUUCCGACGUCGUUUCUGCAGUUUCGUGGAUCACCGCCGAAACAAAAUCCGACGAUAUGUUGCCGAUGUAGCAGCUCGAUUUCCCAUUCCAAUACAGUGUACGGUGGAAGGCUCAAAAAGUACGUGA